AUGCUCUUACAAGAGAGGGAACUGGCAAGGCAUAACUAUUCGUUUGGUAAGGUUCGCAGUGCUGAACAUGGUCGUUUUACCAUUGUACCUAACACUGAGAGGGUUAUCCAGGGAUAUUUGUGUAAGCCUAUAGUCUACAAAGACACCUGUGCUGUUGUACAACCGACCAAGAACUCUGCUAUUCCACCUGAUCUAGACAUUGCACCAACCAUUGUCGAUUUUCAUCACGAUGAAAAGAUCAUGGUUCAAGUUCAUGUUUCUAAUGUCGCCACAAGGACUGUAUCUAUUCCAACAAGAGCCCUGUUAUGCGAGCUUCAAGUUGUCUCCAUUGAAGAUCUCCCAGCCAAAACACCUACCCAGGAUGAAGGACAACAGGCCAUGGACUUAAUGGAUUUCAAUGAGGCUGAUGUCACGCCUGAACAACUCAGACUUGGAAAGGAAACCAUUUCACAGUUUCUUGAUGUAUUUUCCACGGGCGAAGAACAGGACAUUGGACAUGUGACAACAGUGAAACAUAGGAUUGACCUUGAAGAUGACCGACCCUUCAAGCAGAGGCACAGAAGGAUUCCACCCGCCAUGUACCAAGAAGUGAAGGAACAUCUUCAACAACUUUUUACAAGUGGAGUCAUCCGUCAUUCCUUCUCACCCUGGUCAUCUAAUGUUGUAUUGGUGCGUAAGAAAAGCGGAAAAUUACGCAUGUGUGUGGACUUCCGACAGCAACCAACAGACCAUAAAGGACUCCUACUCGGCUCUGCCACGCAUAGAGGAGAUGUUUGA